AUGGUCCUCUUUCCCUUGCUCUUCCUGCUCUUCUUCCGAAGACGAGUUCACGUCGACGGGCUCUCGUUCCCUCCGCCUUCCGCCGCUUCUUCCACCGUCUUUUGUCUCCAACCGUUCGUGCCCGAGAAUGCUCACGUCAUCUUCAAUGAGCCCGGACCUUACGCAAAGGACACUGUUGCAAAGUACAGGUAAACAUAAUCAAAUUAAACUCUCAUUUCUCAUGUCCAAUACCGUUCUCUCGCAUCGGUUUCCUGUUUGCCGACCCGAUUUGCGCACAUUAGUCACUGCGAGAACACGCGCACCAAUUGUGCCACCUGAAAAUUUUGACUUUUCGCUUUGCCAUUGAUUUCGGAAGCGGUUAGGACUGGUUUUUGACUCUACGAUGACCGUCAUAUGAUAUUAGGCUCGCGUAAGGUUCGAAAGAUUACAAAGUGAACAAAAGUUCAGUGGCAGCAAGCUUGGGCCAGGAAAAAAUACGUCGAAGUUUCAUAGAAUCCUCAUCGAUGAUCUUUUGGAGUUGAUGUUUGUAUUAUUCCUCUAGAGCAUGUUUUCAAGUGGCUCAUAUAAGAUUCUUAGUACAUCUCGAAUUUCAUUAGCAGAUGCAUACUCUCGCAAAAUUACCGUAUAUCUACUGUAUUCUCUCUCUCGAACUUCGAUAACUCAGAACUAUUUUCAAAACAUAACAAUCGUAUCCCAGUUUUGACCGUAAAUGACGGAUAUUCUCUCCAGAACACGCAGAAGAUGUAAAAAGUUAGUAGAAGUACAGUAGACGGCCAGUAAACUUUUCAAGUAGCCAAGUUUUGACUGAACUUCUAUGUUCCAGCUGUGCUCUCGGAUUCGAUCUGAUCGGUUCCGAAGAACGAACAUGUCUUUCGGACGGUUCCUGGUCCGACGAACCGCCUAUCUGUGCGAUCGACGUGGCGUUCAACAAGCCAGUGACCCAAUCUUCCGGCAACGUGGCCAUGUCAUUGGGAGGCACAAUGUGCACAAUGACUAAUGACGAGGCAAAGUCCUUCUGGUUAGUGAUUGAAAGAAAAGAGGGGAAUAAAGUACUGAUUGCAGGGAAGUCGAUCUAUUGGGCGACUAUUCCAUCCGGUCCAUUUCUAUGAGGCUGGGGCCCAAGUCAUCACCGAUUGUGUCCGUGGAAGCGAUUGAAAACGGGGGUGCCGUUCAUGUGAGUUGUCAUUUAUUUGCAUCCAUAACAUUUAUGAUUAUUUCUCCAGCAAUGCAUAGUGGAUUCCUCGCUUUUCACCAUCAACACGACCACUUCCAUCGCCUGUGCGUACGAUGACAUCUCGAGAAUCCGCAUCACUGCGACCCGUUGUCUCCAUCUGUGCCAAGUGAACGUUUAUGCAGUGAAUGCCGGUGAGCAUCCCUCCAGUUUCCUGGCUCUCAAGAAGCCCGCCAAAAGUGCUCAAAACACGUGUUUUUGCAAUGUGCGCGUCUCUUCAUCUCGCCUUCUCUCUUCGCCAUUCGCUUAUCGUAUGCCGUAAUUGGGCUCUAGUCAACAAAAAAGCAUUGUCGGACGAGACGCGACAGUCGUUAUUUGGUUGUUUAUUCGGGAGUCAGCACAGGAGAGAAAAGAGAGGGUUUGACACUGAACAUGACGGAUUAUCGCACUCGGACUCAUUGUGCAUUGAGGAGGGGAGUCGGUGGUGGGAAAGUUGGGGGAAAGUAGAAAAGACAAUAAGAGAGGAGGAAGCACGAAGAGAAGAGUUCUCGUCUAGACUUUGAGUGUCAUUGAGACGGGAAGUGGGGAACCAGUCAGAAUUCGAACUGAUCCUUUUGCAGUGUCUCCGUGGCAAUGUGCUCAGAGCCAGAUGGAAGUGGUGGGAGUGUUCGGGGGUAUGUGUUAUGCGGCAAGUCGCGAUGAACAGACCGAUUGGCUCGGGGCGCAGAGGAAGUGUCUUGACAGGUACCUUAGGUUUCAAUACUCGGUAUUUUAUGUGUCCGUUCAUUCCAGAGGAUCCACCCUCCCUCUCCGUAUCGACGAUUCGACGCGACGAGGUCUCCGAACUGCCCUCUCGGCGUCUUCUUCUGCCAAGGCGUUCUACUGGAUCGGAGCCUCCUCCUCGAUGACCGAAUGGCGGUGGGUGGACGGAGAAGGCGUGGGCAACCGUGCCGACUGGCCGGGAGAGCCUGCUCCCGUGCCUUCUGUCUCUGAAGCUGUCCUUCUCGCCCGUCCUCUGGAAUGGAAGUGGGUCCCCGCCUCUCAGACGGCGUGGAAUUCGUUCCUGUGUCAGUCGAAGCCAAAGUUCUGUACGUCUCCGGGAGUGGGCGAGGCCACGAAAGUGACAUUUUCAUCGCAUUCGUACGCAAUCGGAACUCUCUGCUUUUACUCGUGCGAUCCCGGCUACGACCUACACGGAAUCAGGCAAAGAGAGUGCGCUGAGAACGGCAGGUGGACAGGAAGCAUUCCCAAUUGCUACAGUGAGUAAUUCAAUUGGUUUAUUUGGAACCCAUGCAUACUUUCAGGAAAAUCGUGUGGAGCAGUGAGGCAGUGGAAGUUUGGAAGGAUAAAGCUUCUCAACAAAACAACUCUUUUCGAAAGUGAAGUCAGUUUCUAUCAUCUUUUCCGAAGCAAUUCACUCGGUUGCAGGUCGAGUACGAGUGCUCGAAUGGCUGGCAUCUGGCCAAUUCUCCGUCUCCCUCGUAUCGUUCUCUCCGUCGUAUCUGCCAAUCCGACGGCACUUGGAGCCAGUCCGAACCAACUUGCGAACUCGUUGAUUGUGGAAGGCCUCCGCUGAUAGCCAACGGAAGAGUCGACGUGGAAUCGACGACUUACGAGUCGGCAGCCAAUUACACGUGUCAUCAGGGAUUUCGGCUGAUCGGACCCGAAUCUUUGAUGUGCGGAGAUCGGGGGGAAUGGCAACCGGCGACGCCUUUCUGUUAUGGUGGGUCUUUAUAAAGAAGAAGGAGUGAUGAUGAAAAGGUCAGUUGCAGACGUAGCGACUCUUCAAGAAAUCAAGGGAUCCACUUCGCACGAGCAAACCAACAGCAACACGGACGGCACGAUCGCAGUGGCCGUUCUCGCCUUCCUCCUCGUUGCUUGCCUCACUGUGGCCGUUCUCAAACUGUCAAAGUCGUCACCAUCAAAUGGAGAUCUUUCAAUUUCCCGUGAUAAACUGAAUGCUUCGAAUGCUGCCAUCUACGCGACUCCGUCAAUUCCUCCACAAAGACCGGACUCUGUGAUCUAUUAUGCUCCGACUGUAGCUCAUAUGGAGGUAACACACUUUCGAAUGACCGUCUAAUCGUGUUCUCAUUGUUUCAGGUCCCCCCGCACCUCCUCCAACUGCAGCAGCUGCCGAACGGAAACAUCCACGUCACUCUUCCGAUCGGUCGCCAAAUGGGCCGUCCGUCGUUGCCCAUCUUCAACACUUCCAUGCCUCCGCCCUCUCCAACUCCAUCACAAAUUCUGUAUUCUUUCGACCACGAACCGAUUUACGACACUCCGCCUGAUACGAUCAUAUAUCAAGCAGGUAUGUUCCAAUUCUAGAGAAUCACCAAAAAACUCGAUUACAUCUGCAGAAAGUGUCUACGAACGCAUGCCGGACCGCCCGGCACCUCCGCCUCCGAUUCCGAUCCGAGCGGAGAGCGGCAGCAUCGGAGGAGUCGGCGACCUUCCGUUGCCUCCUCCGCCGCCGUUCCCCCGAUAG